CCUUCAUCUUGUUUGUACGACUCUCUUGCUCUCUCUCUUGAACGGCGCGGCACCAUGACCCGCUCCCAUGCUGCCUCCAGCUUCCAUCUCCACCAAGCAGACUCCAGUCUCCACAAUGAGUAGGUCUCCACUACUCCAACUCCAAUUUUUGCGCUGAUCACACUACCCAGCUCUAAAAGGCUCUGUAAUCAUAAUCAAAAUCCAUGGGAGGAGACCGUUUGAGUAAAUCCAAGAAAAGCAAAAGACAAUUGGACCAUCCAACUUCUUCUUCUUCUUCUUCAGAUUCAUCAUACUCUGACGACGUUGAGGCCUCUUCAAAACGACACAAACGAAGUCACAGGCGACACCGUAGCAGCAGUGAUAGAAGUUCGAGGAGAGAGAAAGUUAAAAGAAGAGAUAGGAGGAGAGGGAUAAAGGAUGAAGAGAGAAAGAGAAAACGAAGAUUGAAGCGGGAAGGGAAGAAGAAGGUUUUGGAAUCACGAUCGGGAUCGGAGACUGAGUCCAAGUAUUCGGAUGGUGACAAUUCGGGGCCCCAGAGAGAGCGAGAGGAUCCGGGGGCUGUGACAAGAUAUAUAUUGAAGGAGUUCCCUGGUGUUUUCGGUGAUUUGGAACAGCUUCUCCAAAUGAUUGAUGAUGGACAAGCUGUUGAUAUUAGUGGAUUAUCUGAAAGAUCUUUGGUUAAGCAUCUGAGAAAGUUGUUCCUAUCAUUGAAGCUAAAGGAAAAUGGUGAUAAUGUCUUUUUAUUGCCUUCAAAAGUUUGUCCUACUUUGGAGAUCAUUGGACCCAUCAUUCAUUCUAGUACAGAACCUCAAAGGCAACAACUUGAUUCUUCUGUAUCACAAAAUGACAUGCAUUCAGUUCCACCAGAUAUGGACUGCAGGCAAGUGCCUGUUGACUCUAAUUUGACGACACCAGGUCCAAAAGAAGAUGUUACUGCUCCUAGUAAGAGGAUGAUUGGCCCGGAAAUGCCGUCUGCUGAGUUACUUGCUGCAGCAGCCAAAUUAACGGAAGCGGAAGCUGAGCUAAGAGAGGCUGAGUUGGAAGAAGACACAGAACUAUUUAUAGGACCUCCACCUCCUGCGAUGGUUAAAGAAGCUGAAUCAGCAAACGAAGCUGAGCGUUUUGAAGAGGUUACAAGAAUAAUGGGAGUUGAGGUUGAUAGUCCAUAUGAUGUUUUAGGAGUAAACAGAAACAUGUCAUCUGAUAACAUAAAGAAAAGGUAUUGGAAGCUGUCUCUUAUAGUGCACCCAGACAAAUGCUCUCAUCCUCAAGCCCACCAAGCAUUCAUCAAAUUGAACAAAACUUUUAAAGAUUUACAAGAUCCAGAAAAGCGAAAAGCACUGGAUGACAAAAUCAAACAAAAGGAGGAACAGGAGGAGUUUAAGGCAGAGCUGCAAGCUAUGCGUGAGGCUGCACAGUGGAGACGUUUGCAAGGUUAG